AUGGCAACGAGGGCACACCAGGCCCGAACUGGCCCGGCCGGGCCCAAACUGGCCCGUAAAGCCCUGCUGCCAAGCUGCAGCAGGCCGGCCGCAGCGCCGCCACCACCCAUCCACCGCCGCCACAGCAUCUCCGCCGCCGAGGAGCACCGCCGGCGCGCCGUGAGACGCAGGCAGCCCGCCGAGCCCAUUUGGGCCCCGCUCGGCCGGAUCCGGGCCGAGCAGGAACCGCCCGCGCCGCCCGCUCGCGCAUCUCCGCCGCCAAGCGGCAGCGCCGCCGUCCCUCCUCCCACCGGCGCGCGGGUCUCACGCCGCCGCGCUGACCGCCACGGCCGAGCAACGACCAGCGCCGCCAAGGAGCCCCCGACGCCCCGCCGCGCCGCGGGUAGAGUCAGCCCCGCCGCCGCCGGCACCGCGCGAGCAACGCCCGGCGGCCCACGCCGGCGGCGACGGCCGGGGAGAGGAAGGGGAGGAGGACUGGGAGUUGGCGGCGGCUAG